AGUCUGAUUGAUUUUCUUUCGAGCUCCAGACACAGCUCACAAUACGGCGGAAAUCGGUCUGCGGACAUCUAAAAGAAUUGAAAGUUAUGAUUUCAUAAUAUGGAAUUAUUUUCACUGCUACUUAUCACCCAUCUCUUCCUACCUACUUUUUCAGGUUACCCGAAAAUUGAUGGAAACAGGGCUCGCAAUAUAGCUGAGGCAUGGGGGAAAAAGUUGGAAACUAAAUUUGACACACUGACCGCCAUACACGAUGUUAAAACGUCUUUUCUUGUGGAUGCCACUCUCGGAAAGAACAUUUUCGGAGAGAUUGAUGGAGAAAAAUUGAUAGGGCAAAUGAAGAAGAACGUGGAAGAUAUGCUGAAAAAUAAAGUGCAAGCAAUAGAAGAUUUGGUUAAGGUCGCUGAAGAGGCAUUUGCAAAUCACACUGAUGGCGAGAAUAUUGAUCGAAACUAUCCGAAGGCUAAGAAAUUAAAUGAAUCUGAAUUUGUAAUGGAAGAGAAUGAACAUUUUAAUAAUGUACAAGUCAACUUGAAUAGAAGUUCUGUCCAUGUACCAACAAACGUGUAUGAUGAAUCUGAUGAAGUUCUAAAUGGAGUAGCCUGGAGCGAAGCAUUGGAUGAGCAAUUCCGUAAAAAUUACGACAAAGAUCCAACUCUAACGUGGCAAUAUUUUGGAUCAGCCACCGGUUUUUUUAGGAAUUAUCCAGGGACUAGAUGGACCCUUUACGAAAAUAAACGGGUAGACGUCUUCGAUUGUAGACAUAGAGGAUGGUAUAUACAAGCCGCCACAUCGCCUAAGGAUGUUGUAAUCCUAGUAGACUCAAGCGGCAGCAUGACGGGAUUAAGAAUGGCAAUAGCCAAGGCAACAGUAGAAAAAAUCUUAGACACACUGAGCGAUAAUGACUUCUUCAAUGUUCUUAAGUUUGCUGAAAGACCAGAGUAUGUGGACGAGUGCUUCAACGGAACACUUAUCCAAGCAAAUGCAGAUAAUAAAAAGAAAUUAAAAGACUCAGUAAAAGAUAUAACAACUCAGAAUAUCGCUAGAUUUGAAGAUGCUCUGAUUGAAGCGUUUUCUUUAUUGUCUAAUGCAAAUCAAACGGAAAGAACCACAAACUGCAAUAAGGCGAUUAUGAUAAUAACAGACGGUGCUCCAGAGUCAUACGAAGAUGUUUUUGAUAAGUAUAAUUGGGCCCCAAAAGCUAACGUCCGGAUAUUUACGUACUUAAUAGGAAGAGAAGUUGGUGAUUCGAAACACGCAAAGUGGAUGGCAUGCGCUAAUAAGGGAUACUUUUCCCAUAUUUCAACUUUGGCGGACGUUCAAGAACACGUUCAGGAUUACGUGCACGUCCUAAGCAGACCGAUGGUAAUCAAACGUAUGAAUCAUACAAUCUGGACAAAUGUCUAUAACGAUGAAGCGCAUUUCACCGAAAAGGGUAUAAACUUAAUGACAAGCGUCGCAAAACCAGUGUUUGACAAGAGAAACCGAACAGCAUUAGAGGGUAUUCUUCUUGGUGUUAUGGGAACCGAUGUUCCCUUAAGCGAAUUCACCAGACUAACGCCUAUCCAUAAACUGGGCCCUAAUGGUUAUGCUUUUGCUAUUACAAAUAAUGGCUACGUGCUAUUCCAUCCGGAUUUCAGGCCAACCUCAAAAAAGAAUGGACAGGACAUUAUAAAACCAAAUUAUAAUAGCGUUGAUAUAGCAGAAGUAGAAUUAGAAGUUGUGCAGAGUGAAAGGAUGGCUUACGAAAAGAGCUUAGCAAUACCAAAUUACAAUAUGGAAUUAAGGAGAAAGAUGAUAAAUCGAACAGAAGGAAUGGAGAGUAUGAAUGUAACAGUUCACUUUGAUGACAUGAAACGCAUCGCUGUUAGGGAGCAAGACUACUAUUUUGCUCCUAUUGAGGACACUCCGUUUAGUUUAGCUAUUGUAUUUCCUAAGAAUUUAGGAAAAUAUAGUUUUAAUGCUACCAUGGAUCCAGAAACUUUUCCAAUAACAGACAAGGAUGAAAUGAAUCUUAGGGAAAGAGGUACCCGUUUAGCAGAUUGGAUGUACUGCAGAUUCGACAGGAAUGAGAAUAAAACGAUUUCUAAUUUAAUAAAAUAUAUGAAAUACGCUAGAAAAGGUGCUAAGAAAAGCGAGAAAGAGAAAUUUAAAGCAAGAUGUGACGUUGAGCUAAUAGGAAAGUUAAGAUACGACGCAAAUAUUACAAAAGAUUUUCCUGACAAAUGGAGAAAAGAAAAUCGAGCCGAAUCAACAAACGCUAAAGAAGCAGAAUCACUAGGCUUCCAAUACAUUUUCCUGGCAACUAGAUCUGGCUUAAUAAAAGAAAUAGUAUUAGGAAAUGAAACCCUAAGAGAUCGCUCUUUGAGCGAUGCCAAAGGAACUUUUGAAGAGGAUUAUUUUAAGAGAGCAGUCGAACACCCAAAUAAAUGGGUGCUAUCAGUACCUUAUAAAAAGAAAGAAGAGAAUAAUAAGGAAAAAAUCUAUUCUUCUGUUCUUACGGGCGUUCAAGCUAUUAUGAUAAAUGAUUCCAGUGACCAAGGAAGCAUUACAGCAGCUGUUGGUUUCCAAAUGAAAUUAGAAAAUUUCUAUGAUCUAUUAUAUAACGAUUCUGAUUGUCAAGAGUGUUCUUAUUGCGAGAAAAAUGAAACUGAAUGUUAUUUGGUAGACAGUCACGGAUAUAUUGUUUUCGCCUAUGGUGAAAAACAUUUAAUUGGCAAGUUUCUAGGAGAACACGAUGGUAGUUUGUAUAGUGCACUUACUCGAAGAAACGAAUACGAUAAAAAAGAUGAUUACAUCUACGAAGAAGUUCAAUUAUUAGAUUAUCAGGGUCUUUGUGAAAAGUUACUUCCUGGCUCUUCAAGUGCUUCUUUUCUAAUAUCCGAUCCUAUUAAAAAACUGUUUACCUCGGUCGUGUGGCUUUUACACGGCCUAGGAACAUUUAUAUUCGAGUUUGGCGUUCAAUCUAUUUGGAAUACUUGGUCGAGUAUCGAAGCUGGAAAGCUAGAAGAGGCCAUCUGUGAUCCCGAAAACCCACCAGAAACUGGUAAAAUUCUUGAGAAAAUGAGCGAUUAUUUCGGAUCGGAUUUUGCUGAAGAUUUUCAUACAAAAAUGUUGACUGCCGGAGUAGACUACGUUGAAAAGAGUGACCAACAUUGCAAAAAAGCCCUUUCUCAUAUCAGAGAAACCAAAGGAGAUAUAAUAGCAGGAAGGGAAGAGUGUAUUCAGCUAUUACCGUUAACUAGACAAGUUGGGUCAAAAAGGCGGGGAGGAAAGCUGAAACCUAUUUGCGGACCUGCUGAUGGCUGCUUAGAAUGCCUAUCUGAAGAAGAAUGUCAGGCAUGUUAUGAUGACAUGGCCACUGCUCAAGAUAAGUAUAAAGAAAAACAAAAACAAAAAAAUCUAAACUGAAGCAAAUCAGUGACCGAAAAUUUAUCAUAGUUAUAUCAAGCUUUUUAUUUGCGGAUUGAACGCUGCAUGGUGUUGGUUAAGGUUCCCAACCUCUAUUCCUGAAUAUCUUUUAAAAAAAUACAAUAAUUAUAUACAUAUAUAAAUAUAUAUAUAUAUUGUAUAUAUAUAUGUUUAUAUAUAUAUAUAUGCAUAUAAAUUAUGUAUAAAAAAUAAAGUAUAAGAGAUAUAAACUAUCUUUUUAUGCUAAUUAAAUGACAAAUACCACGCGUAUACAUAUGUAUAAAUUUACAUAUAUAUAUACCAUAUUUAUACUGUAUAUAUGCAUUGGUAUUUGUAACUUUUAGCCUAACUUGCUUAAUAGGGUAGAGAAAAGAAUUGUAUCAACUAAUAAUUACUAAUUAGCCAUUUCCUUUUCCACAUGUUUGUCACAGGUCUUAUCAUGUUGAAGAGAUACCGAGAACAAAUUUAAUGUUAGUAAUUACAAAGCCUUGCACGGGAAAACACUGCAAUUCCGAUAUACAAGUUUCUUUGAAGCCAGUGCAAAUUAAACUAAAUGACACAAUAAUGUGCCAACGAUUGCAGUACGAUAUAUACCGGAGGAGACCGGAGCAGUGCCAUCCGCAUCAUGACAGGGAGAAUUCAGAGGAAUGCGGUCGAUCCUCGGCUUUACUUCCCAGCAUUUGCACAUUAUUUGCAGCUGUCUUUUUGCCGGUCUUUUUAUUAAUUACUUAGUCAGGGGACCAGCCAACACAAUCUUGGUGCUUAACCGUUCAUACCUGAAGAAAAAGUAAUUUUUAACGUCCCUCGUUCAAAAUCAAGCCAAAAUUAAUUAAGCAAUUAACAUUAAAGGUCUAUUGCUGUAAAAUUCUCAGUAAAACUUUAAAUACUAUAUUGUCUAUGAAAAAAAAAAAACAAAAAACAAUGAAUGUCAUAGUCCUGAAUUUAUCAUCUCCCCAUGUUUAAAUAAACAAGCAUAUAUAUAUCGUCAUAACAUAAAACAUUCCUAGCCCUCCAGACCCUCUUUGCUAUGUUAUACCUUUUUGUUGUAUAUUGAAGAGGAAAACAAUCUGUGAUUUUUAAUUAUCACCAAUAAUUAAAUCUUUGUUUUCUGCGGAGUUUUAUGCAUUGUUUCUAUGUGGCCUUAUCCAUGUACACUUUUAUUUGAUCGCUGUAUAUUAUUGUUUACUGCAGUGUUACAUAAUUAUAUCGCAAUGUUAACUGAAUUAAAUGUAUUAAUAUAUGUAUAUAUAUAUAUACAAACAUUAUUGUAUAUAUGUAUAUAUGCAAUAUAUAUUUAUAAAUUUUUUGUUUCCUCGAAUUGUCUUAAUUUGUAUCCUUGAAAAAAAAACAUUCAAUGUAACUGAAAGGAAAAUAAAUAUAUACCA